AUUUUCCUGUGUGUUUUUGUUACUGUUUUCAAGCCUUUUCAAUGUGCACGUGAGAUCGGCAAUCCAGACGACAAUGCCAGAGAUGGCAUGGAAGAGAAACUGGAAUAUAUGGAGAUGGAGCUUACAGAAGUGAAAAAAGUCGUCCUUCGGCUUGAUGAAGAAAAUGCAGAGCUGAAGGCCAGGCUCGGAGAUCUAGAAAAUGCUUUCCAAAAUGGAGAAGGAAAACUUCAGACCUCUGGGCAAGACAGGACCAUGGUUGGCAAUGCGUUGAAAAGUUCUGACAUCGUGCAUGGAGUUCCGAAUGACUCAAAAAAAGACAUGAUUAUUACAGAAAAUCAACAGUAUCAACUGAAGGGAAGCGAUUGGAACAGAAAAAGAAUAGUACAUCCCACGACAGCUCCAGUGGGUAUUAUCGCAUUUCAUGCUUACCUUUCACACAACAUACCGGGUCCCCUUGCUGAGCAUCACAUAAUCCAGUUUGAUUUUGUGCAGCUGAACAAAGGUAACGGGUAUCGAGCGUAUGACGGCCUUUUUGUGGUACCUGCAUCGGGAACGUACGUUUUUACCUGGGGAUUCAUGUCAAACACUAGCGACUGCGUGUACACUCAGCUCAUGAAGAAUUCCGAUGUCCUAGGCACUAGGUACGCAGACUCCUGAAGUUCGUCAGUUUGGGAUUUUGCCACAGGUGUUGUUGUGACAGACACAAAUCAAGGGGACCACGUCUAUGUCCGCACAGGACAACACACGCACAAGGACUUUGCAAGCAUUGUAGGGAGCA